AUGUGUGACUAUCCCCGGCCUUCUGAGAAGGUUGAACAACUUCGACAGUACCACCAAAGCCAGGGAUCGCCCGUCCAACAAACGCCAUCUCCUAGAGAUACCUACGAAACCGAGCUCAAGGAUGAAUAUGCAAAAUUUCGCGAAGCGAGCUAUACGUUCACCAGAGAUGGGUCAAUCUUGAUGGGUGGCAGUGACCUAGUUGACUUCCACCCCAAUUGCGAUACUCUUCUUCUGGCCGCGGAGCGUAUCAAACAACUCAAAGUUCGAGGUACGACUGUACGGCAGGAAGAGAAUGACUAUCAGAAUCGGAUCGAGCAAGAGCAAGCAGAUGGGUUGCGGGCUCAUCUGAACAUACUCGGCACUACUCUAUGUAAGAGAGUAUUCACCGAGUGGCUUGCUGCCCAACAGUCGUCGCCUGCUCCUGUGGAAGGUCAACCUGAGAACGAAGGCCAAUCUGCAGACAUCACAACAGACUUGGAAUUCUCUCCCAUCGCAGAUCUUCCAACUUCGGGUGACCCUUCUGCGGGAGACCAAAUUGAGGAGGAAGUUCAGCCUGCAGACAGCGCAAUGACCUUGGACUAUGUCCCUGUCGUAUCCAACCUUCAACAACCAACACCCGCAGCCCUUUCAACUCCAAAUAUACCUCCUGUUUCUGACACAACAUGCAAUCCGGGCAAUUAUACAAACGAGAAUCAACAAUCGACUAUGUGGUCACACACCAGAAACCCACAGAUGACCCCCAGAUCCAAGUCUUCCAAGAUGAAGAGACGAGCCAGACGACAGAUCCCCUCAGGACCCUUGACACAUAGGACGAUAGAGUUCAGUGAAGUAUACCAGAAUGGCCAUGCACGUCAGAAGUAUGUAAUCGACAAAUGUGGCGAUUACUGGUACAUCGUGAAGUGCGAAGAGCACCAGCUGGAAUUUCGCACCGCAAAACCUUUGCUCGGCGCCAUAAAGCAUCUUCGGGCCCAGGAACACAACCCAGACGGGACCGAGACAAGUAUCCAAAUGGCGAUUGCCAAGUUCGGCCGUCGUGUGAUUCCUUGUAGCGAUGAAGAUGCUGAAAAGAACAACAAAGUCGCCAUUGGAGUGUUCUCAUAUGACGAGGUAGGCGUACCACAAAGACGCAAGAGGACGCGUGCAGAUGUGUUGGACGACACAGACGACGACAUGCCGCCCAAUACUCGAAAUAACAGUCGCACCAGUGUCUCACCCAUCAAACCUCAACCUGGCGAGGUGUAUAAAAUAUUCUGGGGUAACCACGGGUGUUUCUACGCCGCUGUGAUACUUCCACGGACGGGAUCUCUCAGCCAAGCUGGGUUCGAGGAAACAAACAUCUCUAUCAAGGACACACCUCUAGUCAAAGACCUUCGAGACAUCCCACGAUGCUAUGAGUACGAUCCGGCCAGCGGGGUUCUCAAGUGGGCCGAAUCCUUCGGACCUGGUGGUCCCAAGGCCUCUCAAUCAAAAUACCCUGCGAUGUACCUCACUGACCCAGAAUUCGAAGAUUGUAAAUAUUGUUGGCUCCAUGUCUCGAAGCUCCAGACCUAUCGUCGCAACGACAGAAAUGUUAUGUUUCAGGAGUCCGUCAAUAACUUCAUAACGGGUCGCGACCAAGCAGCGAAUGGCGACUAUAUCGCUGAGCCCACUGCUGUCUUGUCAGGCACCGAGACCACCGGCGAUCGUUCCCCGAUUUCACAUUCCUCUUCUACAGCAGCAGAACAGUCUGGCUUUUCUAGAGAAAGUACUGUACUGCUUUCAGACAAUGAUAGCGAUUUUGAGAGGCGCCUGGUGUUACAGACUCGCGAGAACUCCCGAAUGAAGGAGGAAGUGGUUCAGCAAAGCCCCAUGGAAGUGGCUGGUGUCCCACUCGACAAAAGUGAAGUUCAAGCCCCAGAACAGCCCGCUAUGAUGGACCAAGAGAAACGGAAUGGCCAAGCGAUUGACCACAGUCCAGUCCUUGAGCAGCAUGAUGGUCACAUGGAUGCUGACGCCCAAGUUGACAACGCAAUCGACUCCAUGAUCACUCCUGGGGAGAAAAUCACCAAAGAGGAGAUCCAGAUGCGGAAUGUGCUGCGUUUCUUGAAGCAUGAUGUCCACAAUGACAUUGACCAUCGUUCCAGGUUCGUCCUGUGA